GUCCCCUUUCAGACUGUUUUGGUCUUUUCGCUGUUAGCUAGCAACGGAAGGAAUCCGAGGUAGCUGAAAAUCUAAUCUUGAGAUAAAUUUAAUUCCUUUUUACGAUCUAAAGAGAAGUUGACAAGAGGUGUUAUUCAAACAGUUGACACCGAAGAGUAAUAUUUGUUACAUUAUAGUUUUUAUUGUAGUUUUUUUCUGUUUUGUUACACAGAUACCAGGCUUUAUAGUUGCCUUUAGCUGGCUGCUAUUGCUAGCUUAGCCAGCUAGCUCUCAUAACAUUGGACCACAACUGCGAAUCGCAGAGCAAGUUGACAUUAGCUAGCUUGCUAAUCAUUGUUUGAUUUCGACAUCAUUGAAUACCGCAUAUUCAUCAUCUCUUUGGCUGAAACAAUCAUUUUGGAACUUUAGAAAUACACUUCAAACGUUGUCUUUUAUGGGAUCACCAUGUCAAUGAAGCAGGCCGGUGGUAUUCGCAAACCCGGCGGUGGCAGCAGUGCCGCUGCCUCUGGUGCUGGUGGAAGCGGUGGACGACAGAAUUUGGGCAGGGGAAGACAUGGUGCCAAAGCUCCUUCAGCGCCGGUUGUAUAUAAUGGUGUUUAUGCAAACAUGAGGAUGGUCCAUGUCCUGACAUCAGUGGUGGGCACCAAGUGUGAGCUCAGGGUGAAGAACGGGGGGGUGUACGACGGAGUGUUUAAGACGUACGGGCCGGAGUGUGACCUGGUGCUGGACGCUGCCCACAGGAAGAGCCCAGACCCCGGCGUGGGUCCUCGCAAGGAGGACAUUGUGGAGAGCAUCAUCUUCAAGGCCUCCGACGUGGUGGUGGUCACCUUCAAAGACGUGGACCCCAACUUUGCUAAAAAAGUCUCCUCAGACACAGACAACUUCACAGACUCUGCGGUGAGCAGUAGGAUUAACGGGGAGCACAAGGAGAAGGACCUGGAGCCCUGGGAUGGAGGAGAGACACAUACCUCCGACAGCCUGGAGUCUCUGGACACAGACGUGUCUAACGGUUGGGACCCCAACGACAUGUUCAAGUACAAUGAGGAGCAGUACGGCGUCAAGUCUACAUACGACAGCAGCCUCUCCACAUACACGGUGCCCCUGGAGAGGGAUAACUCGGAGGAGUUCCUGAAGCGAGAGGCACGGGCUGCCCAGUUGGCUGAGGAGAUCGAGGCCAGCUCCACCUACAAGGCCCGCGUCGCCCUGGAGAACGACGAGCGCACCGAAGAGGACAAGUACACCGCCGUGGUGCGGGGCGAGAGGGAAACACACACUCUCAGCAGAGAAAACAAGUACAUUCCCCCGGGCCAGCGCAGCAGGGAGGGGCUGUCGUGGGGGGCGGGGAGGCAGAACUCCCCCAGGCUGGUCCAGGGCAGUGGCGGCCCCCCCCCUCCCAGGGCCUGCCCCCACGACUACAGCCCCAACUCUGGGUCUGACCAGAGGGUCGUCAACGGAGGUUCCCAUUGGCCAUCGCCCUGCCCGUCUCCCUCCUCCCGCCCCCCCUCCCGUUACCAGUCAGGCCCGUCCUCCCUGCCCCCCAGGGCGGCCACCCCCACCAGACCUCCCUCCAGACCCCCCUCUCGGCCCUCGCGGCCCCCAUCCCACCCCUCCGCCCUCGGCCCCCCCGCUCCAGCUGCCACCCUGCCCAAACGCAUGACCUAUGAAGGACCCCCCAGGAUGUCCCCCAAGACCCAGAGGACCCCCCGCACUCACAGAGUCCCCACCUGCAGGAGUGGACUCCCACCCGGAGUGGACUUCAUCCCCCACAAUGCCCCUGGAGAGAUUCCUGCGCCUCCACCAACACGCAGCAGCUCCUCCGGAGGCACUUGGUCUUCUGUGGUCAGCGGGGGACACAGACCUCGCUCCCCUCGACAGAACAACAUGGGCGGGGCCUCUCCCGGCUCCUCCCCCCAGACGGGUACCGCCCAAGUAGAGGUGGUGACCACGCCCACUUCUGCUGCCUCCCCCACUGCUGCUAGCCCCGCCCCCAACAUGGCCGCCGCCUCCUCAGCGGAAGCUAAGGAGAACCACAUGCUGGAGACAAGACAAGCUUCUCCCACAGCCAACAAAGUUAACUUCCUCUUCCUGUUGUCCCUCUCUCCCUGCCUCCAGUCUCCAGCGAUGUACCAUGUUCAGAUGCCCCACAUGGCGGUGAACCAGUCUAAACCCUACAGACCAGGUAAAGUACCCAACAUGCCUCAGCAAAGGUCAGACCAGCACCACCCCCAGGGCACGCCCACCAUGAUGCACCCAGCCACGGCUGCAGGCCCGCCCAUCGUGGCCCAGAGCCCCGGAUACUCCACCCAGUACUUCACCUGUAGCCCGCAGCAGUUCACCAGCCAACCCCUGGUGCAACAGAUCCCACACUACCAGUCCCAGGCCCAGCAUGUGUUCAGCCCGGUGAUGCAGGGCAGCCCGGUGAUGCAGGGCAGUAGGAUGAUGGCUCCUCCCACCCACAGCCAGCCUGGCCUGGUCUCCUCCACCAGCCAGUACGGAGAGCAGACACACACCAUGUACGUGUCUCAGGGCCCCAUCCCUCAGCAGUACCCCCACCCCAGCGCCACCCUCCACCCCCACCCCCAGCACCCCCAACACCCCCAGCACCCCCAGCCCUCCGCCACCCCCACCGGCCAGAGCCAGCAGGGAGGCCAACAUGGGGGCAACCACCCGGCCCCCAGCCCGGUCCAGCACCCCCAGCACCAGGCCCAGGCCCUGCACCUGGCCAACGCCCCCCAGCAGCAGAUGUACUCCGCCCUGGCCCCCACCCCACCCUCCAUGACCCCGGGGCCCAACCCCCAGUCCCCGCAGGCCAACUUCCCCACGGCGCAGCAGGCCGUGUACCUGCACCCCCAGCAGGUGCAGCACGGGUACAGCCAGACACACCUGGCCCACGUGCAGCAGGCCCACAUGCAGUCUGGGAUGGUGGCCUCUCACCACGGAAACCCCGCCCACCCUCCAAUGAUGCUGAUGACCACCCAGCCCCCCGGCGGCCCCCAGCCCCCCAUGCCCCAGAGUGCCCUCAACCCCAUCCCCGUCUCCUCCACCACACACUUCUCCUACCUGGCACACCCUCAAGUGCAACCUCACCACCAGCAGCAGCUGUAGGGGGCGCUGUGGAGCACACGGAACUACCUCCUCCGCCACCAGAGAAGAAGACGCCGCAGCCUCUCUCCUCCUCAGACCUGCUACACAUGUGCUUCCCUCCCUCUCCCUCCCUCCUCCUCUCCCCAUCCCUCCCGCCCUCCCUCCUCCUCUCUCCAUCCCUCCCGCCCUCGCACUCAUGCAGAAUGUUAACAGAUGGAUGCAGUGGACAGAUAUUUUAUUGUUCUAGAGUUCUAACAACAGAAAAAGUCCUUCCUUCUUUCUCCCCUGCCACCACCACCUCCCUCCUCCUCCCCCUCUGCCUCUAUCACAGGCAGAGGGCUACCCCUGUGUAACUUGUUUCAGCUUGCCAAUUAAGAAUUGCGUGUGAGAGAUAAAAGAGACAGACUAAGAAAGAGAGAGCGAUAAAAGAAAAAAUCUGAACUGGAACUGAUAUUUUGUCUGCACCUUGAUAUGAAAAAUUCUUCCAACUUUAGGCAGUAUUAAUGUUACUGUUUAAUUUCUGCCGCUGACGCAUUUAAGACUUCAGAACAGGUUUCUAACCAAACUAAACUAAAGAGAAUCUUCCUGAGAUUAACAAUCGUUUGGCGGAGAGGAGAGAGCUGAUAUUUAUGAAACUAUGUGAUGGUGAAGUCCCACAUCUCACCUGACCAUAAUGUAACUUUUAAGUUAAAAUAAACUUUUACUUUGUAGAUAAUAUAAAUAAUUUAAAAAAUUAGCAAAAAAAGUUAAAAACAAUAAAAAAGUUUUAAAAACUGA